AUGCCCCCCCCUGCUCCCGGGGCCCGGCUCCGGCUUCUCGCCGCCGCCGCCCUGGCCGGCCUGGCAGUCAUCAGCCGAGGGCUGCUGUCCCAGAGCCUGGAGUUCAGCUCCCCUGCGGACAACUACACAGUGUGCGAAGGGGACAACGCCACGCUCAGCUGCUUCAUCGAUGAGCAUGUGACCCGAGUGGCCUGGCUGAACCGUUCCAACAUCCUGUACGCUGGCAACGACCGCUGGACCAGCGACCCGAGGGUGCGGCUGCUCACCAACACGCCUGAGGAGUUCUCCAUCCUCAUCACCCAGGUGGGGCUGGGCGACGAGGGCCUCUACACCUGCUCCUUCCAGACCCGCCACCAGCCGUACACCACUCAGGUCUACCUCAUCGUCCACGUCCCUGCCCGCAUCGUGAAUAUCUCUUCGCCUGUGACGGUGAAUGAGGGGAGCAAUGUGAACCUGCUCUGCCUGGCUGUAGGGCGGCCGGAGCCCACGGUCACCUGGAGGCAGCUCCGAGACGGCUUCACUUCCGAAGGCGAGAUCCUUGAGAUUUCCGACAUCCAGCGGGGCCAGGCCGGGGAAUAUGAGUGCGUGACUCACAACGGGGUUAACUCUGCACCCGACAGCCGCCGCGUGCUGGUCACAGUCAACUAUCCUCCGACCAUCACGGACGUGACUAGCGCCCGCACGGCCCUGGGCCGGGCCGCCCUCCUCCGCUGCGAAGCCAUGGCGGUGCCCCCCGCGGAUUUCCAGUGGUACAAGGAUGACAGACUGCUGAGCAGUGGCACGGCCGAGGGCCUGAAGGUGCAGACGGAGCGCACCCGCUCGAUGCUUCUCUUCGCCAACGUGAGCGCCCGACAUUACGGCAACUACACGUGUCGCGCGGCCAACCGACUGGGAAUAUCCAGCGCCUCCAUGCGGCUCCUGCGCCCAGGAUCCCUGGAGAACUCGGCACCGAGGCCCCCAGGGCCCCUGACCCUCCUCUCCGCCCUGGGCUGGCUGUGGUGGAGGAUGUAGGAAGAACCCAGUGCUGCUGGCGUCCCCCUGCUGGGGGUCUGAGGCCG